CCGCUUUAAAUCCGCCCCCUCCCGGCGCCUCCCUCCUCCCGGCCGGUCCCCCUCACCUUCUCUCCCUCUCCUCUCUCUCCAGCCUCCACCGCCGCAGCUAGCUAGCUGUGACGUCAUGCACUCGCCGGCGCCAUAGCGCGCCAGCUCCUACUAUCUACAACUGUAGGCUUAGUUAUCCUGUCAAUCAAGCCUCUCGUAAGGAACAAGGAAGGUAGCUAGAUAGUUUUAUAGCUGCUGUCGUCGUCGUCGGCGGCGGCGGAAGCGACGUACCUGUUCUUAGAGGAUAGGAUAGGUUAGCAGAGAGGGUCAGCUAGCGAGGAUUUUGGUUGAGAUCAGGAGGGGGAGGAGGAGGAGGAGGCGGCGGCGAUGGGGCGCGGGAAGGUGCAGCUGAAGCGGAUCGAGAACAAGAUCAACCGCCAGGUGACCUUCUCCAAGCGCCGCUCGGGGCUGCUCAAGAAGGCGCACGAGAUCUCCGUGCUCUGCGAUGCCGAGGUCGCGCUUAUCAUCUUCUCCACCAAGGGCAAGCUCUACGAGUACUCCACCGAUUCAUGUAUGGACAAAAUUCUUGAACGGUAUGAGCGUUACUCCUAUGCAGAAAAGGUUCUCAUUUCAGCAGAAUCUGAAACUCAGGGCAACUGGUGCCACGAAUAUAGAAAACUAAAGGCGAAGGUCGAGACAAUACAGAAAUGUCAAAAGCACCUCAUGGGAGAGGAUCUUGAAACUUUGAAUCUCAAAGAGCUUCAGCAACUAGAGCAGCAGCUGGAGAGUUCACUGAAACAUAUCAGAACCAGGAAGAGCCAGCUUAUGCUCGAGUCAAUUUCAGAGCUCCAACGGAAGGAGAAGUCUCUACAGGAGGAGAACAAGGUUCUGCAGAAGGAGAAAGCCUUACUCCUGCCUGCAGCUCGCGGAGAAGCAGAAAGCCCAGCGGCAGCAAGUGCAGCGGGACCAAACUCAACAGCAGACCAGUUCGUCUUCCUCGUCCUUCAUGAUAAGGGAAGCUGCCCCAACAACAAAUAUCAGCAUCUUCCCUGUGGCAGCAGGCGGGAGAGUGGUGGAAGCUGCAGCAGCGCCGCCGCAGGCUCGCGUUGGACUGCCACCCUGGAUGCUUAGCCACCUAAGCGGCUGAAGGUCGCGGAUGCUUACGGCACUCCCAAUAAAGAGGUAGAAAAAAUAAGACUCCAAGUCUUAUUUAGACUCCAAGUCCACAUUGUUCGAGGUAAUAAAUGAUUUUAGACUCCAUGAUAGAGUCUGAGUGCCCUUAGCCACCUAAGCGGAUGAAGGUCGCGGUGUGCUAGUCCAAAAUUCAGCAACUCUUCCCCGGGCUGGCUGGCCCGCUUCUCCGCCUGGUGUGUCUUCGUGAUCGCGAGCAGCAGCAGCAGUGGCCUACCGUAUUUUUUACCACCAUAUAUAUAUAUAAGUAGCAAAUCUGCAAUGUGUAUAUUUUGUUAACAUUUCCGCUGGGGCGGCCGCACGAGAACUUUACGCAUGUAAUAUAUGUGCAGCAUCGAAUAUUCCAUUUUCAUGACCGUAACACGUGCCUCCUGUUUGUUGUA